AUGUCUGGGCCCCAAGAGGCUCUGAGCCGACUCCGGGAACUCUGCCGCUGGUGGCUGAUGCCAGAGGUCCACACCAAGGAGCAGAUUCUGGAGCUGCUGGUGCUGGAGCAGUUCCUGAGCAUCCUGCCUGGGGAACUCCGGACCUGGGUACAGCUGCAUCGCCCUGGGAGUGGGGAGGAGGCUGUAGCCGUUGUAGAGGAUUUCCAGAGACACCUCAGUGGACCAGGAAAGGUUUCAGCCCCUGCAGAGGCACAGGAAAUGCAUUUGGAGGAGACAAUACCGCUAAGUACAACAGAGGAAGCACCUCCUACCUCGCCUGUCAGUGGGGGCUCAGCUCCUGGAACCCACCUAAAGCCUCCUCAUAACCCUGGAGCACAGCAUCUCCCCAAUGGGCACAUCGCUCCACUUGCUUCCUUAGUUCCUGCCCUUCCCCAGGUGGGUAACUCAAGAGAUGAUGCAGUAGCAACUGUGCUUCGGAUGGUGAGGUCCCAGGAGUCAGCAGCAUACAAGGACCUGUCUGUGGAUUAUACUCAGAAGAAGUGGAAAGGUCCGGCACUCACUCAGAGAGCCCUAUACCGGAAUAUGAUGCUGGAAAAUUAUCACAACAUGGCCUCAUUGGGUGAAAACAAAAUGGAGAGUUCAGAGUUGACUGUAAAGAAGGAAAUUUCUAAGGGACCAGGGUCAUCUGAUAAGACAUCAGGAGAACUCCAUGGGAUGGUUCCUGGAGCACUGGAGGCUGGAGAUGCCUGUGAAGAUACUUUAGAGAAGCUCUCAAAUGAAGAAGGGAGCAGACUAGGAAGCAGUUUCAUGGAAAUAACAGAUGAAAAUAAAAAAAAUCCCACAAAAGACAGUUGUGAGGAAUAUAAGGAACUUGGGGAACAUUUUACUUUUUCCUCUAGUCCUGCUGAACAUCAAGGAGUUCUGAAGGGACAGAAAUUCUAUCAGUGUGAUGAAUGUGGCAAAGCUUUCAGUCGGAGUUCACACCUCAUUGGCCAUCAGAGAAUCCACACUGGAGAGAAACCUUAUGAAUGUAAUGAAUGUGGCAAGACCUUUAGACAGACCUCUCAGCUUAUAGUUCAUCUCAGAAUCCACACGGGGGAGAAGCCCUAUGAAUGCAACAUGUGUGGGAAAACUUACCGGCACAGCUCCCAUCUCAUUCAACACCAGAGACUCCAUAAUGGAGAGAAACCAUAUAAAUGUAAUGAAUGUGCAAAAGCUUUCACUCAGAGUUCCCAACUCAUUGACCACCAGAGAACUCAUAGUGGGGAGAAACCUUAUGAAUGCCACAAAUGUGGGGAGGCUUUCAUUCAGAGUAAAAGUCUUGUCCGACAUCAAGUAUUCCACAUGGGGGAGAAACCUUAUAAGUGUAGUGAGUGUGGGAAAGCUUUCUGUUCCAAUAGGAAUCUCAUUGACCAUCAGAGAAUCCACACUGGGGAGAAGCCUUAUGAGUGUAAUGAAUGUGGCAAGGCCUUCAGUCGGAGUAAAUGUCUUAUUCGACAUCAGACCCUCCACACUGGGGAGAAACCAUACAAAUGUAGCGAGUGUGGGAAAGCCUUUAAUCAGAACUCUCAACUGGUUGACCAUGAGCGAAUGCAUACUGGAGAAAAGCCUUUUGAAUGUAGUGAGUGUGGUAAAGCAUUUAGUCUGAGUAAAUGUCUUAUUCGGCAUCAGAGACUUCACACAGGUGAGAAGCCCUACAAGUGCAAAGAAUGUGGAAAAUCCUUCAAUCAAAACUCACACCUCAUUAUACACCAGAGAAUUCACACUGGUGAGAAACCCUAUGAAUGUAAUGAAUGUGGCAAGGUCUUCAGUUAUAGCUCUAGCCUUAUGGUACAUCAGAGAACCCAUACUGGGGAGAAGCCUUAUAAAUGCAAUGACUGUGGGAAAGCCUUUAGUGAUAGCUCACAACUUAUUGUGCACCAGAGAGUUCACACCGGAGAGAAACCCUAUGAAUGUAGCGAGUGUGGGAAGGCCUUCAGUCAGCGUUCCACUUUUAAUCACCACCAGCGAACUCACACAGGAGAGAAGCCAUAUAAGUGUAAGGAGUGUGGCAAAGCAUUCAGUCAUAGCUCCAACCUUGUGGUUCAUCAGAGAAUCCACACUGGACUGAAGCCCUACAUAUGCAGCGAAUGUGGGAAAUCUUUCAGUGAAGACCUUAGUGAACAUCAGAGACUUCAUCGUAGAGAGAAACCCUACAAAUGUAAUGAAUGUGGAAAAGCUUUUACUUCUAACCGAAACCUUAUUAAUCAUUGUAGAGUUCAUACUGGAGAGAAAUCAUAUAAAUGUAAUGAAUGUGGGAAAACCUUCAGGCAGUCUUCUCAAGUUAUUCUACAUUUGAGAACCUACACAAAGGAGAAACCCUAUAAAUGUGCUGAGUGUGGGAAAGCCUAUCUUUAUAGCUCACAGCUUAUUCAACACCAGAUAAAACAUAACAAGGAGGAAGAAGCCUCAUAA